CAAAUGUAUUUGUUUUAUUCAGAGAAUGCACAUAUAUUAAGGUAUUGAUUAUUACUACAAAGUUGGAAGACUUCAUUCCCCCCACGUGGAAUGAGGGGUGGACAUCUCUCCCCCUGUUCGUACGUGAAGCUUUUGUUAGUUUGUAGGACAAUCCGCGCCCUGUUAAGCGUGUUCCAAGUCAUCUAAAUCCUCCAUGUAUUUACCGAGCUGCGCCCAUCCGCCCAAUUCAGACCUCGGCUCCGUCGCUUCGCCGUUUUUAACCGAGGACGGCGCCGCUCCGCCGGACCCGAGCACCGCUUCGGCGAGACGGCUGUCCGACUACCGGGGCUGCUGUCACCCCGAGCCGCGACCGCACUACCCUCCCCCGUGGAGAUGGAGUCUCCACCCGGCGGGCCGACCCGUCGCCUCGGCGCCGCCGCCGCCGCCACGCGUCGGUCUUCCGGGCGCCGCCGUUCAUCGCGAGUACCCGGAGUCACGGUGCCCCCCCGAGACGACGCCAGUCGCCGGUCCGGACUUGGCGUACGGCGGGGUGGUUUACGGGCCCUCCGGUCCGGGUUAUCACGCACCGGCGUUUGCGGGAGACCCGCGGGUUCCCCCCGGCGGUUACCCGGCCUUCAACCGCGACUCGGCGGGACGCAACAGGGUCCUGCCGCCGGCCUUCGACCGGUUUUUCGAGCGCGCCGACGAGAGAGUGAACCCGAGAGCGAGGAGAAGAGCCGGGGGCCAACGGCAGAAAGGGACGAGUCGAGCCCCGCGGACGAGCUGUCACACCGGGGAGAGCAGCGAGGUGAAGGCGGGGCCGCAGUCACCGCGGGCCGGGAAGGAGGACGCGCCGUCAUCCGGCGGCAGCGGAGGAGACUCCUCCCCGGGUGAGCCAGAACGUAGUGCGAGGAGGAAGAAGCGAUGUCCUUACUCCAAGCAGCAGAUCAGAGAGCUGGAGCGAGAGUUUCUGUUCAACAUCUACAUCAACAAAGGCAGACGCUUGCAGCUCUCCAGCCUUCUGCGCCUCACCGAGCGACAGGUGAAAAUAUGGUUCCAGAACAGAAGAAUUAAAGAGAAGAAGCUGAAAAGUGAGAGUUUGCUGUACCACACAAGAUAUCACACGUUCUGAGGGAGAAAGAAGAAGGACGCCGUGCACAAACUGCUCUGCGUGUCGAGGAACAAGAACUAAACCUACAGAGCACCGUGGGAAUCCGCCUUUAUCUUUUUUAUAUCGCAAUUCUUCUGAAAAUGUUCAAUAUGCCAAUUAUCCUUUUGUUUUCCUGAACACGUGGUCAUUCCAAUACAUUUCCACCACAGGAAUCUGAUCACUGGAUAAAUAUGGAUCCAAAUGGUUUUUUUAUUUCGUUGAAAUGUCAGAGUCAAAAUUGCUUUUUAAAAGGUUUUGGAUAUCACUUUGAAUCAGAAAAUACCGUCAGUAGCCAUGGACAAAAAAUGCAUUUUUGAGAAGAAACUCAUUGUAAGGAGUCAAAUCUAACAAAUAUCUAUAUAUAUAUCUCUACAAAUAGUCGCACAUCUACAUGUUUAUUUUGGAUGUCUUUUUUCCCACUAGUUAUGGAAUGGAAAUAGAUCCAGAUCUCAAAACGAACUGGUGUAUUUUUUAAAUGUGGUGCAUCGCCACGAUUGAGCCACAUAGAAAAGUUACAUAU